AUGGAGGUUGAGACAAUCCCAGGACCAGUGCCAGGAAGCAUUCAAAGAUUUUACCGUCAUUAUGUUUGCUUUGAAGCCUUGAAAACUUCUUGGAGGCAGUCAUGUAGGCCGAUCAUUGGAUUAGAUGCUGCUUUUAUGAAAUGGGAUAUAAAAGGGCAAAUGUUAGCUGCAGUUGGCAGAGAUGGAGAUAAUAGAAUAUUUCCUAUUGCCUGGGCUGUGGUUGAAGUGGAGGACAAUCCUAAUUGGCUAUGGUUUGGUAUACUAAAUGUGGUUCAUGAAGAGCUUCCUAAAGCUGAGCAUAGGAUGUGUGCUCGACACGUUCUUGAGAAUUGGAAGAAGACAAACAAAGACAUAGAGCUUGAGCGUCUUUUCUGGAAAAUAGCAAGGAGCUACACACCAGAAGCUUUUAGGGAUAACUUAGAGGCACUGAAGAAGUACAAUGUUGGAGCUUAUGAGUCUCUGCAAAGUACUGCUCCAACAACAUGGUCUCGGGCGUUCUUUAAGCUUGGAUCGUUUUGCAAUGACAAUCUAAACAACUUGUCUGAGUCCUUCAAUAGGAGUGUUAGAGAGUCAAGGAGGAAGCCGCUUCUUGAUAUGCUGACAGAGGUUAGGAGAAAGAAUAUGGUCAGGAAUGCAAAGCGGACUUUGUUAACUAAUAGGUGGAAUAAGAGGGUCACACCAAGAGCAGACAAGGAGAUUGAACUUAACAGGCAGAAAGCUAAGGAUUGCAUCAUGUAUAUGACCACAGGACAUUCACAUGAAAUAGAGUAUCACAGUGAUGCUUACACCGUAAAUAUGGAGGAGAAAACAUGCGGUUGUGGCUAUUGGCAGUUGAAUGGACUACCUUGUAUGCAUGCUAUGUGUGUCAUCACAACAACAAAGCUGAAUCUCAAUAAUUAUGUAUCAGAUUACUACCUCACCUCUACAUGGCGCCAACUAUAUUCUACUGGUAUGAAGCCGGUUCAAGGUAUGAAACUGUGGCCACGCUUAGGUCGGUUACCCAUGCUACCUCCUCCUUCAAGAUUCAAUUGA